CCUCCCUAAUGAGGUCACAAAAUGGCGACCACCAUGCGCCUGUGCAAUGGCCUUUCUCUACGCAGUUGUUUAGAUUUGUCGAUUUGAUGGAUACUUCCACUUAUAAUAGUUUCUCAAUUAGCUAAAAAUCUUCGAAAUAUUUUUGUUUGUGUUAAGAUAAGGAUAAUUUCCAAAGAAAUUGCAUAGUUGUUACAGCAAAGAUUGCGCUGUGUUUUGGAUUUUACUUUCUCUGGAUUUCUCAUCCCUUGUUGGCUAUUUUGGGAGUUUAUCAACUUUUCAAGCGAUUCUUGUUAUUUUCGUUGAUAAUGGAGUUUCACGUUGGUGGGUCUGUUGGGGUCGUUGUCAGUGGGAAUAACGUACCUGCAUUUCUCACAAAACUUUGGACUCUUGUUGAGGAUCCUGACACCGAUCCUCUAAUCUGCUGGAGCCCAAAUGGCAACAGCUUCCAUGUGUUUGAUCAGUGCCGAUUCUCCAAGGAGGUGCUUCCCAAGUAUUUUAAACACAAUAACAUGGCCAGCUUUGUGCGCCAGCUCAAUAUGUAUGGCUUCCGCAAAGUAGUUCACAUUGAGCAGGGCGGCCUGGUGAAGCCCGAGAAGGACGACACUGAAUUCCAGCAUCCCUACUUCCUCCGCGGACAAGAGCAUCUGCUCGAAAAUAUCAAACGGAAAGUUACCAAUGUGUCCAAUGUUAAACAUGAUGAGCUUAAGAUGAGCUCAGACGAUGUCUCAAAAAUCCUGACCAAUGUGCAGCACAUAAAGGGCAAGCAGGAGACCAUAGACUCCCAAAUCAUCGCCAUGAAGCAUGAGAAUGAAGCUCUGUGGAGGGAGGUGGCCAGCCUCAGACAGAAACACGCCCAGCAACAGAAAGUCGUCAACAAGCUCAUCCAGUUCCUAGUGACCCUGGUGCAGUCCAACAGAGUCCUGGGGAUGAAGAGAAAGAUUCCCCUGAUGCUGAAUGACAGCAGCUCCGCCCACUCCUUGCCCAAGUUCAGCAGGCAGUACUCUCUGGAACAUCUUCAGGCCUCUCUGCAGGGCUCGCCUGCUAUCUCCGCCUCAGGCGCACCAUUCACCAAUACCGGUCUCUUCACGGCAGAGCCGUCUCUUAACAACGGCCCCAUAAUCUCUGACGUCACCGACCUGGCACAGGCCAGCCCUGUGGAGGUCACUAAUGAGUGGAUAGAGGAAAGCACGAGCCCAUUGGUCCACAUAAAGGAGGAGCCGUCCAGUCCCGUGUUGGAGGAGGUCUGUCCGGCAGAGGCCGUGAUCGGUGGGGCAGGAGUCCAGGUAGACACUCCCCUGUCCCCCAUCACCUUCAUCAACUCCAUCCUGCAGGAGAGCAACGAGCCUAACGCGUCCCCUGCCCCAACGACCCCUACGGAGCAAAAGUGUCUCAGCCUCGCCUGUCUAGACAAUUCUACACAGAUGUCAGAGGUCUCUCGCCUCUUCCCCAGCCCCUCCUCGACUCUACACCUCAGACCUCACCCAGGGAGUGAGCUGAGUGACCAUUUGGACAGCAUCGACAAUGGCCUGGAAAACCUCCAGACUAUCCUAAACGCGCAGUCCAUCAAUUUCGAGUCCUCACCCCUCUUUGAAUUCUUCAGUUCUUCCCUGCCUGGCUCUGAAUUCGACUUGGAGAGCCUUGACUGUAUCCAGGACUUGCUUUCAUCAGAUUCACCCAAAGGGGCUGAGAGAAGUGACAACUGCACAGCAGGGAAGCAGCUGGUCCAGUACACCUCCCAGCCAAUGCUACUGACUGACCCACUGACCAAUGAGAAUGGCGGAGCGGACCUCCCCACUCUGCUGGAGCUGGAGGGGGACUCGUAUUUCACCCAAGACCAGGACCCUGAAGAGGACCCUACCAUCUCGCUCCUCACUACCGACUACCACACAGCAGCACCAGACAAGCCCGAACUAUCCUAAAGCAUUUUUUUUUUAUAAAGUGAUGUAUUGCAGUGUUUUGUUUUUUGUCAUUAUGUUAAUGUACAGAUGAUGAAAAAUCAACCUGUUAAAACAUGUAUUAUUAUGGUGUUCAUUAUUCUCUGAGCUAUUGAUUUUCAUUCAUUUUAAGGCUUAAACUACGUAUUGAAAGAAUUUUGCUUAGAUGAAUCAAACCAAAUGUUCGACUUACGCUACUGGCAUGGUUUAUUCAGCCCAUGGAAAGGACUUCCUGGGUUGAAUUAUCUGUGAUCUUACUGGCGGACACAAAUAAAGCUCAAUCAUAAUCAUUACUAGGUCAAGUUUUAAGCAUUGUUCACCAAGCUCCUUUAAUUAUUAAAAGUGGAAGUAUGCAGAAUAUUUGUUUUGUUAUACCAAGUGUAAAGAUCGAAUACAUUUCAAAGGUGUGUGUGUGUGUGUGGUCCACUAGACUCCACCUGAAUCAUUUCUCUCUCGUCAACUCUGUUCUUUUAGACUCACUAUCCAAGGGAUGUGGCUUGACUGUUUCAUGAGAAAAAAAAACGGUUUUUGUGUUUCUUUUUUUUAAUGUUUAGGUUCUUGCGCUUUCACUUAUUGAUAUAAGGAUUGUACCUUAAUCAUCAUUUUUUAAGUGUUUGAAUCUUUGUGCUGCACCAAUAUGUUGUUUUAUUCACAUUAGAUGCAGGAAGUGUUUUCUUUGACAUUUUCCCUUGCAUAAUUCAUAAUGGAAUGCUGUUGGUAUUUCAGCACCUUAUAGUUCUACUUUCGUAUCUAAGAUGGUUUCAUUUUAUUACUUGUUGUUUAAAGAACCAUACAUUAAUUUAUUUUAGACAGAGUUCUCCAAAACACCAAAUACUACUUACUCUAGCCCUCAGAAGUGUCAAUGUUCACAUGCACAUAGUCUGGAUGACAAAAUCAUAUUGAUUUUUUUAAUACUAUAAUGAAACAUUGAGUAUUGAAUGGCAAUUCAUAUUUUUUUCUUUAAGCAUUUUUUCUUAAAGACUAGAUGACCAACUGUCAAUAAAAUAUUACACGUCAGA